AUGAGCGACUCACGUUUGACUUCAGAACAGAAGCAGCAGUCAUCGGUGACUGUGGGAGGAGCGCAAGCCCCUUCACCACUUCAUACCACCACUGACACACAGCAGUAUUCCACAGCAUCUGUGCAACGUAAGUUUUACUGUCGAUGGUAUUUCCUCAACUACAUUCAAUCAGAGUUAGAAGGUAAAGCAGUCAAGGAAUUGGAAGAACACAAGCAACAUUCAUCAGCGACUGUAGGAGAAGCUCAAGCCCCAUCACCACUUCAUACCAUCACUGACACACAGUGGCAUUCCACAGCACCUGUGCAACGUAAGUUUCACUGUCGAUGGUAUUUCCUCAACUACAUUCAAUCAGAGUUAGAAGGUGAGGCAGUCAGGGAACGGGAAGAACCACACACCCCUUCGCGGCCCACAGAAUGUGCUUCAGCAGAUGUGUUCCGAACACCCGACAGACGUGGAAAGCUUGCAUUGUCCUCAUGGCAAUGUGUCUAUCGUGUUGGAGUGGUUGCCACCAUGGUAGUUGCCGAGGUACACAAGUUAAUAGUUUGCGAAUGUCUCGGACAUGUCCCAAGCAUUUGCGGCAUCACUUCUUCCAUGGCGAAGAAGGCUGUCCCUGCACCAUCAGUCCACAUGGUGAAAGGCUUUGCACAAAUGUUGGCGAGCCGAGCAAAUCCAAUCCUGACGGCUAGUGAUAGUGAGGAUCUGGACCAUUACGCCUCACACCAACCCCUACCCCGUGGAGCAUCGUCACAGUCGGCCGCGUGGUUCGUGCUUAACUGA